GUCUUCACCACCAAACUCAGCAAGACACGAUGGUAGUCAACAGCAGCACAAGCCGCACCAGUCAGUUAAGGCCCACACGGGGCAGGGUAUCAGUGCUCGAUACGAGAAUUACAGCAACGCAAGUGAUCCAUGACAACAACCCCAACAGAGAACCAACCAAGCCAGACUCCCUCAUCCCAGUCCCAGUAUAAUAAGAUAAUCCCAUGACACGCCCAACUCCAGGCUAGAAACACACCAACUACUGCUGCAGCCGCGGGCUCUUCCUGCGGCCACCGCCCAACAUGUCGACCGGCGGCAUGUUCUCGACGCCCUCGGCCACCGACGCCACCACCUUGCGCGCCAGGCGCGUCGGCCGGCUCCUCGUGCUGCGCUUCAGUAGCGGCAGCGUGCU